AUGUCCAAGACGGCAGACCCCCCCAGCUACACUCAGUUCGCCUGCGUGGGCACCGGCUUCUCCGCCAUCGGGCUCGGGGCCACGCUGAAGAGGUGGUAUGGCAUCGGUGACAUCCGCUUCUUCGAACGGCACAGCCAACUGGGCGGAACGUGGUUCAUCAACCAAUAUCCCGGAUGCGCGUGUGACGUGCCCAGCGCGCUGUACAGCUUCUCCUUCGAGCCGAACCCGGACUGGAGCCGCGUGCUGUCCCCCCAGCGCGAGCUGUGGCAGUACCUCCACGACGUCGCCGCCAAGUACGGCCUCAUCGACAAGAUGCGCUUCGGCGUCGACGUCGAGCGCUGCGAGUGGUCCGAGGCGCGCGGCCGCUGGCGCAUGACGCUCCGCCGCCGCGACACGGGCGACGUCUCCCUCCACGAGUGCCAGUUCCUCUUCGCCGCCACGGGCCAGCUCAUGCAGCCCCGCGAGCUCGACGUCCCCGGCGCCGCCCGCUUCCGGGGCCGCGUCCUCCACUCGUCCCGCUGGGACGACACCGUCGACGUCGAGGGCAAGCGCGUCGUCGUCUUCGGGAACGGGUGCACCGCGUCGCAGAUCGUCCCGGCCGUCGUCGGGGCGACGAAGCACCUCACGCAGGUCGUCCGGUCGAGGCACUGGCUCCUGCCGCCCGUCGACUCGCCGAAAGCCGACAUCAUGAAGAAGUUCCUGCGGUACGUGCCGGGCACGAUGACGCUGCAGCGCUUCCUCGUCUACGUCUUCACCGAGGAGGCGCUGCGCGGGUUCUACAUGACGGACAGCGGCAACCGGUACCGCCGGCGCGUCCAGGCCAAGGCCGAGAGCUACAUGAGGGCGACGGCGCCGGCCAAGUACCACGAUAAGCUGAUUCCCGAUUUCGAACUGGGCUGCAAGCGGCGCAUCUUUGAUGCCGGCUACCUCGAGAGCCUGCACUCGGAAAACCUGACCUUGCUGGACGACCCUGUGCGGGAGAUCGUGCCCGAGGGGAUCCGGACGGACGACGGCGUCAUAGAGGCCGACGUCAUCGUCGUCGCCAACGGCUUCGUGACGAACAACGCCGUCGGCGGCUUGGAGAUCGUCGGCCGCGGGGGAGAGACGAUCGACCAACAUUGGGAGUCCUUUGGCGGGCCCGAGGCGUACAACUGCACCAUCGCCAACGGCUUCCCCAACUUCUUCAUCCUGCUCGGACCAAACUCGCUCACGGGGCACACUUCGGCCAUCAUCGCGGCCGAGAACUCGAUCAACUUCGCCCUCCGCAUCAUCAGGCCGCUCCUCGAAGGCAAGGGGACGGUCGUCGAGGUGACCCGCGAGGCGGAGCAGGACUACGUGGACCGGCUGCAAGAGGACAUGCAGAAGACGGUCUGGAACACGGGGUGCACGAGCUGGUACCUGAAAGACACAAAGGACGGCAAGAAGUGGAACGGCUCGACGUGGCCCUACUCCCAGGCCUACUUCUGGUACCGCUGCCUGUUUCCCAACUUUGCGGACCUGAAGAUCAGUGGACCGACACACCGAGGGCGAAGAAAGGGGCCGUGGCGAAAGGUUGCGUUGGCGGCGUUCGUGGGAUAUAUCCUGUCUCUCCUCUUCGGGCUCGCUCGCAACCCGCUGGCUGGCAACCGCUACUGGCAGCAACUGAGAGCAGUGUUGCAGAUACUGCGGAGCAGACUGUUCGUCGAGCUCCAGAGGCUGAAGUCGUGA